GAGUACGCUCAAUGCUUACUGCCACAACAACAAACAGGUUACAAUGGCAACGGGAAACAAACAUUGGUAUUGGAGCAGAAGGUGAAUUUUGGUAACUUAAAUCACGUGACUCUAUAAAAAUGGAUCUAAAAUACAGAAUUUUAAAUCUCUACACCACAAAAAAUUAUGACGAAUGUCUUAAAAUGUGCGCUGUAGCACUCCGAGGAAAUAGCGAUCGGAUGAUUGAAUUUAUACAAAUGCGUGCAAUGACUGUUCAAGCCAAAGUGGCAAGUAAUGGAUAUGAAGAGGUUGAAUAUAUGCCUCAACAAGAUGAACUGAUGACCACAGCAGUGAAUAAGACACCAAGGGUGGGCACCUCUCUGCAAAGAGAUGUGAAAACGGCUCAGCAAUUAAAUAAAAGGGCUACAUCUACAGCUACGUUGCGAUCCCGGGGUGUUAGUACUACUCAUACAAGAGCCCGCUCGGCUUUACACACUGCAUCGAGAGUUUCUAGAGCAGCCACUGCGUUAGCUAGUGGAGCUUUGUUAGCGACUGGUGUCCCACUCUCUCUCAGAUUUAUGAAGAAAGAAGAUAAUCUUUUUUUAUCUGCUUCAAAAACUCUUUUUGAAUAUGUAUAUUACUGUGAAGGUGAUGUCAGAAAGGCGAUGGAUGUGGCUUUUCAAGCAAAAAAGGCAGAUCAAGGCACGGAUUGGUGGUGGGAUUUUUCACUAGCCCGAUGUUAUUCAGCACUUGGAAUGUACCGAAAUUCGGAGGAAUGUUUACGGCAAGCUCUGAAACAAACUAAACAUAUUUCGAUAUACCUUCGUCUAGUUGCAAUGUAUGUAGGACUUAAUCAACCAUUGUCAGCACUAGAAGUUUGUAAACAAGGACUUUCUGUUUUUCAUGAAUAUACACCGCUAAUCUUGGAACAAGCAAGAAUCCAUGAUCAAAUGGGUAACACCACCAUUGCCGUAAAAGAGUAUAGGAUGGUAGCAAUAGAAGAUCCGACAAAUAUGGAAGCUAUUGCUAGUAUAGCUAUGUAUAACUUUUACAAUGACCAGCCAGAGAUUGCUUUACGCUAUUACAGGAGGUUAUUGGCCACAACAACACCUGGAGCAGAGAUUUUCAACAACCUCGGUCUAUGUUGCUUAUAUUGCAAUCAGUGGGAUUUAAUAUUGCCAUGUUUUAGGCAGGCCCUUUACUAUUCUACGAACGCUGAAACACGCUCUGACAUUUGGUUCAACAUUUUUCAUAUUGCACUGUUCCAUGUCCGGUGUUAAGAACAUUACUACGACGACAACGCCAAAGAAAAAAAUAGAAGACAAGACUUCUCUCUGGUCUCGCGUUCAACCGACGCGACAUGGGCUUGCGCGCUCAAUAAUUGUUUUCCCAAUAAAUAAGUAAAAUUCAUGUAUAACUCCGAGACUUUACAAUAAACCAAGUCUUCACCAUCUCAAUCUUCUCUUAAAUAAUUCAUCCACUCGAACGUCCCGUGUCCAGUCCCGAACAUCGGUCAGUUCUUGAAUAUCUUUAUACCACUCUAAAAUUUACUUAGGGGCUAAAGCUUACUCUGGGCUCAAUUUGUGUGUUCUAUCGUCCAUAUACCUAUUUAUUUAUUUACUUAAAUUUUAGGGAAGAAAAAUUUAAAAUUUGAAAAGUUUUUCACUGUAAUUUUGUUUUUAUUGUUUCCAGUUAGAUAAAACCGCUUAUAAAUAAUUCUUCUAUUUAUUUUUAGUCAACAGGUGAUAUCGCGCUAGCUCGUCGUUGUUUAAAGGUGAGUCUGGCUACAAAUUCAGAACAUGAUGCGUCAAGGAAUGCGCUUCGAGCUCUAAAUGCACGUGUACGCAUUAGGAAACCAGUGAAGGAAACCACU